AAAUUAAUUUCGAAAUUCUUUUACACCAGCACAGUGCAUCGCCGACACGUGUUUUUGUUUUCUCAAUUCUUGAAGCUGUUUUAAAUUGUUAAAUUUUUCAAAACGUUGCGCAAAAUGGGAAAAUUUCGUUCUAAACUAAAGCGCCACACCAAAGGCAAAACAUGGAGCAAAGGGCAGUCGUCCACCUCAAAUCCUGAUCAAAUGAAGCAUCGUUUAAAAGCGAAGUCUCGCUUCUUUCAGCCAAAUUUGAGUUUAGCUCCACCAGCAGCGACUGAUCCGACUACACUUACGCUGGACGCUGUAAUGAAACAUGAUCAGCGUUUGGCUUAUAACGCUGAAACAACAACAGUAAACGAUGUUGCCGGUAGUCUCAAGUCGUUCAGCUUGCAUGACGAUGGAUUGGAGGACGAAAGCAUGUCCGAAUCACAACAAGGCACCUUUAAAACUUUCAAAACGUUCGCUUCGAACUACAGUGCGUGCAGCAACAUGAGUUUUAAACGUCUAUUAGUUGGCUUUCGUGCUUCGUCCGAUUUACAUAAGGAAAUGUUGGCUAUACUAACAGCGCUCACCGAAGUGAUACGCGAACGUGGUGGCACAGAGUCAUCAACAGAGUAUUUUAUCUUACUGAUGGAGCAGAUCGAAGCCAGCACGGAGGACAAUGAUAUCAUUGCUGGUAUCUCCUUGUUGUCUAUGGGCAUUAAGUCGGUGCCGGCGACUGUGCUGCGUAAGCGUUUUGGCGAGACAGCACAAACAUUUUUAACGUGUCUACAACGUUUUAUAGAGUCUACAAAUCAGACUAUUGUGAAAUAUAUAAUCGGAUGCUUGUCGGUUUUACUCUGUGCACAAGAUUACAAUACUUGGACUUACUCCUCCACAUGGCAAUAUAUUGAUGCCAUACUCUCGUUCACCAUACACUCAAAGCCAAAGGUGCGCAAAGCUGCACAACAUGCUAUUGUAUCCAUCAUACAUGGCAGUUCAUUUAUGCGCCCGCCCAAAAGCGAAGAUGCUGAGCAUGACGUGAGUGCGGAGCAACCAAAAGUGAAGAGCCAUCCGGCUAGCAAUCGUAUCACGAAAUUCUGUUUAAAUCAAUUUAAACCCGAAGUGCUGACCAACUCACAAACAACAGUGCUGCAUACCCUAACCUUACUCAAAGACAUAUUGAGUGGUCUUAAAACCGAGGACAUACGUUCGGUGUGUGAGAGCUUACUCUCCAUAAUGACCGCUGCAAAUGUGCUCAUACGCACAAAUUGCUUCCAAGCGCUGCAUGCGCUCUUCGCUUCGCGCACUACUAACUUAAAUGGUCCAUUAUGCGCCAAAUUGUUGGCUGCCAUACACGAAUAUCGUCCAGAUCGCGCUGAUAUACGUCAAACGGUGGCUUGGGUAACGGUGCUUAAGGAGGGACACAUACAUUUGGCGCAGUUGGAUUUGAAUUUGUGCAUGCAUGCGCUGCCACGCUUCGUCGACAUUUGUGCCACAGAUUUGUGGAUGUCGGAGCGUGCUGAAAUAAUCAACAGCGUCUCAAAUUGCAUUAAAGAGCUGUUGUACGAAUGCGUGAAGCCUGCUUGUGAGUCCGCAGAGAAGGCAGAAGUUUAUCGCGUGCCUAUUGUACGCAUUAUCGCGUCACUGGAGAAGGUGCUUAACGCGCCUUUCGGUGAAAUGGCUAAACACGUCAUUUUAGUAUUCUCUAUUGUUUUCGAAGUUUGUGGCAAACACUUCAGCAAGGAACUCUCACCCUCACUACUAACACUAUCGAAACGUUAUGACACACAAAGCGCACUGCGGGUACAAAUCGAACACACCAUAAUCGCUGCCAUUCAGUCGAUGGGUCCGGCGAAUGUGCUGAAAACAGUACCGUUAACAAAUAGCAAAGGUGAAGUUUUGUUGGAGCGCUCCUGGCUGUUGCCGCUGUUGCGUCAAGGCGCUAAAGGCGCCACUUUUAAAUUCUUCAAAGAGUUCGUUUUGCCGCUCGCUUUGGACUGCAACAACAAAUGGCAUCAACACGCGCAAACGCAAGAAAAGUCAUUGUCACAUACAUACGAGUUGUUGUGUUGUCAAUUGUGGGGUCUAUUCCCAGGCUUUUGUCGUGAACCCGCCGAUCCGGAGAACUUACGUUUGAUUGCGCCCACUUUGGGUAAUGCGCUGGAUAACAACCCAGAAUUUCGUGCACCCAUUUUCGACGGUUUAACCGAGUUGAUAGCUAACGAGGAGAGCGCUGAAAUCAAAGAGGCUUUGGCAAAAUAUUCCAAAAAUUUCCUACCGCGUUUCUUCAACAUUUACGCGCAGAAGCCGAACACCACAUAUGAGGCUGAUCUGCGCAAAAAGACAUUGGAUGUCAUAAAGCUCUAUCUCACGCGUACCUCAGAAGAUGUUCUGAAGGAGCUUUUCGAGACUGCGAAGACACAACUUUCCAAUACGGCAGUUGGCACUUUCGAAUAUGAUGCGAUUUUCGACAUCAAUGCCGCUUUGCUGCUCUUCCAAACCAGCGAAAUCAUACGUGUCUUCUUCGAGGAGUUCAUUGUACCCGUGCUGAAGAAUGAAAAAUCCAAACUGGUCGCCAAAGACGAGCAAAAGUUGAAGAAACAACAGCGUAGAACAUAUGAGCUGCUACGUGACAUAUUGACCUCUGAGGCAGCUUCUUGUCAGAAAUUCGGACGCAAAAAUGGUAUUGCACUGCAAAAAUUAUUACUCGAUGCAUUUGCUACAAGUUGUGCUGUGUGUCAGGCAGCGCGUUUGAGAUGCCUUAAAAUUCUUAUUGAAAAUCGCAAAUCUCUCUCGGUGAAUGAUAAGAUUGUUAUGAAAACCAUACCAGAAGCUGUGAUCUCAUACAAAGAGUUUUCGACGCGCAAAGAAAAUGUCUCGGAGGAACUUAUUAUAUUCUUGGUUAAUUUAUAUCAGGAGGCUGGCAAACUAAAUGAUUUUAUCGAUAUACUGACAGCAGGUUUUGCCGGCGAUGAGUCGCUGAUCACAAACACCAUAUUGGCUUUUCGCACUGUCGUGCAGCAGCAAGGCAAAAAUCUAACAAUAAACACACUCGAAUUCAUCAUGGAGCAGAUUCUUGUGUUCCUCGUGCAGAAAACGCGCUCUUUGGCUGAGGCUUCGGUAGCCUUUCUGAUAACAUUCAUUAAAGUAAUGCCCUCACCGUUGGUAGCUAAUCAUUUACAAACGAUCAUGAAAGCGCUCUCCGCCAUGGCCAAGGACACAAAACGUUAUUGUCGCAUACAAAUCGGUUAUCUGUUGAAGAAACUCUGCAAGCGUUUCACCGCUGAUGAGCUGAUCAAAUUCGUGCCCGGCGAUGAUGAAGUGACACAUCGCCGCCUCAAAAAGAUACGCAAGCAAAUGCGUCGCGAGAAUAGAAAAGAGUUAAACGAAAAGGAUAAGAAUGAUGAGGAGGAGUCUGAGGAUGAAUUUGUGGCUGGUUUGGAAAAGAAGAGUGUGACCAUUGAUGACAUUUUGGCCGACUCGGACUCAGAUUUGCCCGAAGAUAUGGACACAGACAAUGACGAGGGCGAUAAGGCGGAGAAGAAGAGCAAGAAGCGCAGCAGCACUUUUAUACGUGAAGAUCCAGAGGAUAUUGUGGAUUUAGCUGACAUUAAAUCGAUCGGCAAUGUGCUGACAAAUCGCCCGGACGUUAAUGCAAACGCUGCGGGCAGCUCAAAAACUAAGAGCAAGGAUCCAAACCGUGGCUUCAAAACCGCCGAUGAUGGAAGACUGAUUAUAAGCGAUAAGGCAUUGCGCGGCGUUGGCGGUGAUGGCAGCAGCAGCGAUGGCAGUGAUGAUGAUGAGGAUGACGAGGACGAGGGUGUCGAAGUGAAGAAAGCGCCUAAGCGUGGCAUGGAAAUGGACUCCAGUGAUGAAGAAGAAAUGCCCGCUGCCAGUCGCAAACGUAAAGCCACAGAUGCCGCCAGUAUGCGUUCGGGCAAAACAUCAGCUUCUAAAUAUGUGGCCGGUGGUAAGGGUAUACAUCGUCCACUGGGCGCCGCCAGCGAUGCGAUGUCCAUGAAAUCCGGUUACUCCGCGAAAACGGCUAAAUCUGGAAAGUCAGCGGCAGCUUCACAAUACGCUGCUAGCGAUUACACAACUAAAAAGGCUAAAGGCGACAUGAAGAAGAAGGGCAAACUCGAUCCAUUCGCGUACAUACCGCUUAGUAGAAAUACGCUGAAUAAACGGAAACGCGCAAAACAUGCAGGCACUUUCAAGAACAUUGUAAAUGGCGCACGCAAAGGCGCACUGAAAGGUGUUAAACAAAGAGUUGCCAAGGCUUACAAAUAAUAAUAAAAUAAUAAAAACUAAUGCAAUAAACUCAUUCUAACUGUAUGUAUAUAUAAAAUAAAAUUAUCUUGUUAACUAUUAAGAGUUAUAAAUCAAAACAGUUGCGGAAAAUAAAACAAUAAAUCCAUAUUUAAACAACUUAA